ACACUGAGUGAAAAUUUUCUCUUUCGUCUGCCGUCUGCCUGGUUUUUGUCUGGGUUACAGAAAUAAAGAUAGGAAGAAUGGCGAGUAAAUUCCCCCUUGUCAGAACCCUCGCAAAAAGGACUUAUGCUGUGGCAGCUGUAGAAAAUCAAGUCCUGUCCAACAAUCUGACAGUCGCUUCUGCCCCAUCUAACUUGAAAGGCCUCUGCAAAGUCGCACUCGUAGUCAGAGCUGGCAGUCGAUAUGAGACUAUGGACAAUUAUGGUGCAUCCCAUCUGCUCCGUGCUUCUUUGGGGUUAACCACAGCUGAUGCGUCAAGCUUCUCGAUUAUUAAAAACUUGGGCAAACUCGGAGCAACAAUGAGUGCGACAUCAGACCGUGAGACUCUUGUUUACACCUUGAAUGCCACUUGUGACCAACUGGAUGACGCUUUAAAAUAUUUCAAAGCAGCUGUCGCAAAACAGGAGUUUCGCCCUUGGGAGCUCUCCGAGGUGUACCCGAGAUUGAAAUACGAACUGGCGAUUCGCCCUCCGACCUCGUUGGUUCUAGACUUGGUUCACAAGGCUGCGUACAGGACCGGCCUGGGAAAUUCAAUAUAUGCCAAAGAAUACCAGCUCAAGAAACUAUGCCCUGAAACUCUUAAACACUACGUCAACAGUCGUUUCCAAACAAGUAAAAUGGCUGUCGUGGGCGUUGGUGUUGAUCAGAGCACUUUGACCAGUUUCGCGGAAAGCCUCGGAUUCCAAACUCAGGGAGGCAGUUCUUCAACACCUAGCACGUACCAUGGCGGUGAGGUGAGGGAAGAUGCAAACACUCCUCUUGCUUAUGUCGUACUCGUCGGUGAAGGAGCAGCAUUGAAUAAGAAAGAAGUAUUUACUUAUGGUGUCCUCCGUUACGCGCUUGGAGGUGGAUGCAGCAUCAAACGGGGUGUUGGAAGCAACCCGUUGUCGAAGGUCGUAUCCAAAUCGUUCGAUGCCACUCACGCCCAGGCUGUCAACUUUUCUCACUCUGAUUCCGGUCUUUUUGGACUUUUCUUAGCAACGACGCCGGAAAACACUAAGGAGGCAGUUACGGGUGCUAUGAAGGCCCUGAAGGAUGGAGUUACGGAAGCAGAUGUCAACAGGGCAAAAUCUCAGUUGAAAGCACAGGCUCUUUAUGAGUCUGAGAGCGAUGACGGUGUCCUCACCGACCUUGCAAACCAGGCGGUGCUUUUAGGCGGUGGAAAGAACGCUAGCAGUCUAGUUUCAGAGAUUGAUAGUGUGACGACCAGCCAAGUCGAAGAGGCACUUAAAAAAUUUUUAAAUGGCAAAAAAUCAUUGGCGGCUUAUGGAAACAUAGCCAAUGUCCCUUACUUGGAUGAAUUUUAAAAAA